AUGUCCAAUCUCGAGGUGCUCUCAAUUGCAGAGCUGGAGGCUGCUGCAAUGGAGAAAAUGGAUAAGAUGACCCGCGAGUACUAUAACUCGGGCUCUGAUCGUGAGAUAACUCUCCGCGACAACCUCGCCGCAUUCGACCGCUACAGGCUACGUCCCCGCGUGCUUAAGGACGUCAGCCGAAUCGACACCUCCACGCAGCUAUGGGGAAAGAAAAUUUCAUUUCCGCUCUGCAUUGCGCCCGCCGCAAUGGCAAAGCUCGCCCACCCAUCCGGCGAAGUCGGCAUCUCGCGGGCCGCUGCAAACGCCGGCGUUGCGGUGGGUUUGAGCAGUUUCUCGACAUCGUCGAUGGAAGACGUGGUGGCACAGGGCGCGGGCGCCAUCGACUAUGCGAUACAGCUGUAUGUGUUCCAGAACCGGAAGACGAGCGAGGUGCUGGUGCGGAGGGCGGAACGUGCUGGAUUCAAGGCGGUGUUUCUUACCGUCGACACGCCAUACCUCGGCCGCCGCAUCAACGAGGUCCGGAAUCGCUUUAAGCUGCCGCCGCACCUGCAGCUGCUGAACUUUGAGAACCCGGGCGACGUGGCUGUCUAUUCCGAGAACGAGACGAAGGCGCACGGCGGGGAUAAAGGCAAGCCGCCGGCAGCGGGGGCGGGGGUGGACUCUAUCCUCCCCCAGGGUAAUGUCAACGAUGCAUCCCUCAACUGGGAAACUGACAUCCAAUGGCUCCGCAGCAUCACCAAGCUCGAAAUCUGGGUUAAGGGCAUCCUAACGGCCGAAGACACGCUACUCGCGGUCCAGCACGGCGUCGACGGAAUUAUAAUCUCGAAUCAUGGAGGCCGACAACUCGACGGCGUCACAUCCACCCUCGAUGCACUACCAGAAUGUGUUGCCGCCGCCGCGGGCAGGAUCCCCGUCCAUAUCGACGGCGGCAUCAGGCGGGGCACCGAUAUCUUCAAGGCGCUAGCGCUGGGGGCGGAUUGCUGCUGGAUUGGGAGGAUCCCGUUGUGGGGGUUGGCGUACGAUGGACAAGCCGGGGUGGAGCUGGCACUGAAAUUGCUGUAUGAGGAGUUUAAGCUGUGCAUGAGCCUGGCGGGGAGUAAGAGCGUGAAGGAGAUAUCGAGGGAUCAUUUAAUUAGGGUUAAGACGGAUGGGACCUUGGCGAGGCUUUGA